AAAUUUUUCAAGGUUACAAAGCUGCGGUACACAAUUUCGGGAUGUUGGUUGUGAAUCCUUGUCGGCUGCUGUCUUCGCGCCUAAUAUCUGGCAGUUUAAGGCCAGUAUGUUGUUCUUUCUCUCAAAAUUACGUUUUAAGAACCACAAAACUUGGAACUGCGCCUGCUGUACAAAGAACUGGUUUGUUGCCAUCAGUUCACUGGACAAUUGAACGUGUUUUGGCUGUCGGUAUGUUGCCGUUGUAUCCAAUCGCGAUUUACAUGGAUACUCCAAUGAUGAAUUUUAUUGUGGUUACUGCUGUUUCUAUUCAUUCCUACUGGGGUUUUGAUGGAGUGAUCAAGGAUUACGCAUUCGAACGCCGCUAUGGUCCUGCACUAAUGCCUAUAUUGCGUACAUUGUGGAAAAUAAUGUGUGGCUUCGGUUUUGGUGGUCUACUGUACUUCAACUUCAAUGAUGUAGGAUUCAUUUCAGCUGUGAAAAAACUAUGGGCUUUAUAAAAAACCUUUUGUCUUAUCACCCUAAUUUUUUAUUGAUCUCGAAAUAACUUGUAAUAUUUGGGUAAAAUGUGAAUCCUUACUGUUACUUAUCAGCGUUUGUUUUUUCAAAUUAGUUUAAUUUUUCGCUGUCUAAUGUUUUCGAAUACCCCAAAUUAGAAACUAAAUUCACAAUAAAUUUGUGUCGCUUUGA